AUGGUCACACUUCUUCUUCUGCUGCUGCUGCUGCCUCUGAAGGAGUGCAAAAUAGAUGCCAUGAAAUGUCCUGGAAUGGACUCCUUCCCUGUUCCCCAUGAGUGGCAUCGACUUGGAACCCUCCUCAUUGGUGGGAUUGCCUCUCAGAUACUUUAUAUUUCUCCCAAAGUUUCCUUCCAGGUAUAUCCUUCUCAGGAGCUGGGCUUUGAGUUUCCGAUCAUGGUGACCAAGUUCUACCAGCACAUCCUGGCCUUGGCAUUUGCCAUCAAUGAAAUCAACGAGAACCCUAAGAUUUUGCCCAAUGUCACACUUGGGUUCCACAUCUAUGACAGCUACUAUCAGGAGAAGAUAUUCCACCGCACUAUUCUAGACUUGCUCUUCAAAUCAGACCGGUUUGUUCCCAACUAUGCAUGUGGCACCCAGAAGAACCUAGUAGCCGUUAUUGGAGCACUUGGCUCUGAUAUCUCCUUCCACAUGGCAGAUAUCUUAGUCCUCUACAAGAUCCCACAGCUCCACCCAUUUCUUCAAGGCAUUUCAUUUAACAACUCAGCUGGAGAAAAUGUGUCUUUAAAUGAUCGUGGCGAAUUAAUAGCCAGCUUUGAUAUCGUGAACAUGGACAUAUUCCCAAACAAUUCCUUCCUUAAAUUGAAAGUAGGAAUGGUGAAUCUGAAUGCUGGUGAAGGGGAACAGUUCAUCAUCAAUGACAAAUUCAUUUUGUGGCACAUGAGCUUUAAUCAGGUGAUGCCUAUUUCUGUAUGCAGUGAUUCCUGCCCUCCUGGUUAUCAGAAGAAAAAGAAAGAAGGGGAGAAGUUUUGCUGCUAUGAUUGUGCUCCCUGCCCAGAAGGGAAAAUAUCACACCAAAAAGACAUGGAUGAAUGCUUUAAAUGCCCAGAUGAGCAGUACCCAAGCCAGAGUAGAGACAGGUGCAUCUACAAAGUUAUGACAUAUCUGUCUUAUGAAGACUAUUUGGGGAUCAGUUUUAGUUUGGUUUCUGUUUCUCUUUCGCUCAUCACAGCUUUCGUGCUAGGACUUUUCAUCAAGAACAGAGCUACCCCUAUAGUCAAAGCCAACAACCAGGUCAUCAGCUACAUUCUCCUUGUCUCCCUUCUCCUCUGCUUCCUCUGUUCCUUGCUGUUUAUUGGAAGACCUACGAAGGUGACCUGCAUUCUCCGUCAAACUACCUUUGGCAUUGUCUUCUCUGUGGCAGUUUCUUGUUUGCUGGCCAAAACCAUCACGGUAGUUGUCGCCUUCAUGGCCACAAAGCCAGGGUCAAGCAUGAGGAAACUGGUGGGCAAAAAACUGACCAACUCCAUUGUCUUUUCCUGUUCUCUUAUCCAAGUAGGAAUCUGUGCAGUGUGGCUGGCAACCUCUCCCCCAUUCCCAGAUUUGGACCUGCAAUCCCAGGCUACAGAGAUUAUAGUUGAAUGCAACGAAGGUUCCGUCCUAAUGUUUUAUCUUGUCCUGGGCUACAUGGGCCUACUUGCAAUCAUCAGUUUCAAUGUGGCUUUCCUGGCCAGGAAGUUGCCGGACACUUUCAAUGAGGCCAAAUUUAUCACCUUCAGCAUGUUGUUGUUUUGCAGUGUUUGGCUGUCCUUUGUCCCUACCUACCUGAGCACCAAGGGGAAAUAUAUGGUAGCAGUAGAGAUCUUCUCUAUCUUAGCCUCUAGUGCUGGACUAUUGGGUUGUAUCUUUGGGCCUAAAUGUUAUAUUAUUCUGCUGAAGCCUAAGCUGAACAUUAAGGAGCAACAGAUAAAGAAAAAUUAUUAA